AAAUGUUUUGUUAAUAUUGUAAUGGCUGCCGAGACCAAUACCUUGGUAGGCGGAGAUCCUCUUGAAGGCAGUAGCUACAACUUGUCUGUGACUGUUAAAUCUGAGAUCAAAGACGAGGAUGACACCGAUGAGGAUGGCUUCAACACCAUGGCACUGCUGGAGCUGGCACAAUGCGUCCAAACCAACCAGGAGCCAAUCGACUUCAACACCACAGAUGCUAUGAUGAAUCCAAAAACUGGCCUCAUGGUGUGCAUGCACUGCCUCGAAGACGUAGACGCCAACCUGCUCUCCGACCACAUGGUGAACGCCCACAAUUACCGGCGCAUACUCUUCAAAUGCCAAAUCUGUUGUAACAUCUUCCAAGAGAGACAGCUCCUCGUCGUCCACAGGAAAGAAUGCAAACCACCACAGAAAAGACACAAGCGGAAGUCAUUCCAGCAGAUUCUCCGAGAAGUAGAAACUGCUGAGGAUACGGGAAACGAUUUUGAGAAUGUAUCAUGUCCAAUAUGUGUCCUGGAGUUGCCGAAGUACUGUUUGAAAGAUCAUCUGAUAUCCGAACACAGUAAUCCGGAUAUGAUUUUGACUUGUGGGAAAUGUAAUAGGAAUUUCAAGUCGAAGCUGACACUCAGGGAGCACAUUAAGCUGGUCCAUGAGUCUGUGGAGGACUCGGUAGAGUGUGAAUUGUGCGGACAGAAGUUCCGUUCGCCCAAGUAUCUCUCAAAUCAUAAGAGGAAUGUCCAUCCUAGUGGCGAUAAGGUUCACAAGUGUGCAGUGUGCGGUAAGGAGUUCAAGUCCCGUCUGUGCGUUCACCAACACACGAAAUACGUGCACCCACCUCAGAGCGCCUCUGUUGCUUGUCCGCACUGCCCCCACAAAGUCUUCAAGUCACGGAUCAACCUGCAACAGCAUCUGAAGGUCUCACACGGCUGGAGGAAAGGAGAUUGAGGUUCAAUACUUGAUGUGGAAUCUAGGUUGUUUUUAUGG